UCCCUUCAUUGAUGAAUUGAUUAAUUGUGUUACCACUACAAAUAGAGUGUUUUUUAGCCUGACUAUUAUAACGUUAAAGUAAGCUGAUCGCAGUUUACCUGUAGUUGUGCAUUAAAGUUCUGCUGGUUUUAUAAAUAAAGUAGCAUACAGAUAUUAUGGCGAGUGAAAUCAAAACCUUAUUUGAAGGGAAAUGGACGCAUACGAAAAGUGAGAAGUUUGAGGAAUAUCUUACCGCUAUUGGUAUAGGUUACCUCAAAAGGAAGAUGGCAAUGUCCCUGAGCCCAACAAUAACAAUAUCGGUAGAUGGCGAGGAGAUUUCAGUCAAUAUAUCGGCCGGGCCUAAGGGAAAUGAGUCCAAGUUUAGACUGGGUCAAGAGUUCACGGUUGGAGGAGAGAUGGAGGGACAGGCAAUAGCAACAUUUGAGGCAGGGAAACUGUCCGUGAACAUAACCCCUAAAGAUUCAUCAAAGAAGAAACAAACUGUCACGAGAGAAAUCGUUGAUGGAGGGUUAGUGCAGACGAUGGAAGUAGACGGAGUUAUAUGCAAGCGCUUCUUUAAAAGGAGUUAGAAUGAUAAUUAGUGGUCCUUAAUUCGAAAGAUCUGAAAUGAAAUAUGCGGGCCUAAAACGAGGAACAUUCGUAACAAAUCGGAAAAGCAGUCAGGGAGAAUCAGUUGGUCUCGUAAUAUUUGCUCUACGGUUGUAAAUUGUGGUCUUCUGUUAUAUCAUUUCUAUAUCAUUGACGUUAUGUUGACAUUUUCAUAUAAGUAUGUUGUUGUUAAAGUAUUUUCUGUCAGAUUGUUUCAGGGUAUGUAACCAUUUUUAAUAAACUUAUGA